ACAAGAUGGCUGUGGUGUUUUUUGGGCUGCUGUGUGUCCUCCUUUCGGCUGUCAUCGUAGGACUGUACAUCCAAACUGAGGGGACAAGACAGUUUCAGCUCAGGUACAACAAUCAAACAGAAGAGAAAGACCAGCUACAGAUGCAGUACAACAAUCGAACCGAAGAGAAAGACCAGCUACAGAUGCAGUACAACAAACUGAAUGAAGAGAAAGACCAGCUACAGAUGCAGUACAACAAACUGAAUGAAGAGAAAGACCAGCUACAGAUGCAGUACAACAAUCUGAAUGAAGAGAAAGACCAGCUACAGAUGCAGUACAACAAUCUGAAUGAAGAGAAAGGCCAGCUACAGAUGCAGUACAACAAACUGAAUGAAGAGAAAGGCCAGCUACAGAUGCAGUACAACAAACUGAAUGAAGAGAAAGACCAAGUGGAGGCCGAUCGGAACAGAAUGAUAAAAGAGUUGGAGACCAAUAACAACAACUUGAGAAAUGAGAAAUCCCAGCUGACGGCCAAAUUCACGACUGAGAGAGAUGAACUACAGAGGCGUCUUUUCGAACUGGGCGAGUACAUUGUCUACUGUUAA